GGCAGCACGGGCCGGCAGGCCGGGUCUGUGCACCUGCGCCUCCGCGGGCCGCCUGGGGCACCGUCCCCAGCCCGCCCGGCCCCACCAUGGCCAGGCCGCAGAGGACUCCGGCGCGCAGUCCAGACAACAUCGUCGAGGUGAAGAGCAAAUUUGAUGCUGAGUUCCGACGCUUCGCGCUGCCCCGCGCUUCGGUGAGUGGCUUCCAAGAAUUUUCGCGGUUGCUGCGUGCAGUGCACCAGAUCCCGGGCCUGGACGUGCUGCUUGGCUAUACAGAUGCUCACGGCGACCUACUGCCCCUCACCAACGACGACAGCCUGCACCGGGCCCUGGCCAGCGGGCCCCCACCGCUGCGCCUGCUAGUACAGAAGCGGGCAGAAGCCGACUCCAGUGGCCUGGCCUUUGCCUCCAACUCUCUGCAACGGCGCAAGAAAGGGCUUCUACUUCGGCCAGUGGCACCCCUGCGCACCCGGCCACCCCUGCUAAUUAGCCUGCCCCAAGAUUUCCGCCAGGUUUCUUCAGUCAUAGAUGUGGACCUACUGCCUGAGACACACCGAAGGGUGCGGCUGCACAAGCAUGGCUCUGACCGUCCCCUUGGUUUCUACAUCCGAGAUGGCAUGAGUGUACGUGUAGCUCCCCAGGGCCUGGAACGGGUUCCAGGCAUCUUCAUCUCCCGCCUGGUACGAGGGGGCCUGGCUGAGAGUACAGGGCUGCUGGCAGUCAGUGAUGAGAUCCUCGAGGUCAAUGGUAUUGAGGUCGCUGGGAAGACCUUGGACCAAGUGACGGACAUGAUGGUCGCCAACAGCCACAACCUCAUUGUCACUGUCAAGCCAGCCAAUCAGCACAAUAAUGUGGUGCGUGGGGCUUCUGGUCGUCUGACAGGGCCUCCCUCUGCUGGGCCUGGGCCUGCUGAGGCCGAAAGUGACGAUGACAGCAGUGAUCUGGUCAUUGAGAACCGCCAGCCUCCCUGUUCCAAUGGGCUGUCUCAAGGGCCUCCAUGCUGGGACCUGCGCCAGGGCCCCCUACUUCCCAGUGCCCGCAGCUCUCUGCCCUCCCUGGAUCAAGAGCAGGCCAGCGCUGGCUGGGGAAGUAGCAUGAGAGGAGAUGGUAGUGGCUUUAGCCUCUGACAGGCAAGGAUGCAGCCCCUUGCCACUCCAGGCUGCUGAGACAUGGCAGGGACUUCCUCAGUGGGGGUUUUUAGC